AUGAUACCUGAAAAAGCACGCCUCCGUAUUGUGAUUGUCGGAGCUGGUCUCAGCGGCAUCGCAGCGGCGAUUUCGUGCGCAACCUCAGGGCAUUCAGUUCAGGUAAUUGAACAAGCAAAGGAGCUCGCAGAGGUCGGCGCUGGUCUUCAAAUCACACCGAACGCUUCACGCCUUUUCAAAUACUGGCAACUCCCGUCUUCACUAUGGGAGGCAGCGGCAGAGCCAACUUUCUUGACUGUACACCGCUACACUGGCCAGGUCCUUGCGCAUGAAAACAAUUUCGACAAGAAUAUCCGAGCCAAAUAUGAUGCCCCUUUCAUUGACCUGCACAGGGUCGACCUGCAGCAGGCACUGUUUGCCCGCGCAAGGGAUCUCGGGGUCACAUUCCAUCUCAACGAAAAGGUGGAGAAAAUCGACUUUGACCAAACUAACGUGCACACAGUCUCCGGAAAACAGUUCAGCAGUGAUUUGAUCAUCGCCGCUGAUGGUCUGUGGUCGCGUUGUCGAGAAUGCUUUGUUGGCAAAAAGGACGAGCCGCUCCCCACGGGGGAUCUGGCAUACCGGAUCGUGCUGUCAGCAGACGAAAUUUCAGACCCUGAUUUGAAAUCUUGGGUUGAGAAUCCCCAAGUACAUUUCUGGGUCGGUCCUGGAGCACAUGCAGUCGCAUAUUCGCUUCGAGGAGGGCGGAUGUUCAAUCUUGUCCUUUUGGUGCCAGACAACCUUCCCCCGGGUGUGUCCAGACAAGCUGGAUCGGUGGAUGAGAUGCGGCAACUCUUCGCAGACUGGGACCCUAUUUUGACACGAUUUUUGAGCCACGUAAACAGCGUUGAUAAGUGGAAGCUGAUGCACCACGGAGAAAUGGAGAGCUGGAUCAACGACGCCUCAAAUCUGGCCUUCAUAGGAGAUGCUUGUCAUCCCAUGCUUCCGUACCUCGCCCAAGGGGCCAAUUCGUCUCUCGAGGACGGCGCUGUCCUUGGCCUCUUGUUAGGACACAUGAAGAACAAGUCGCAAUUACCGCAAAUUCUCCGUCUGUAUGAGAGCAUGCGUAAAUCAAGAGGUGAAGCCAUUGUUCGGGAGACAUUCAAACAGAGACACGACUUCCACAUGCCGAAUGGCGAGGAGCAGGAGAAACGAGAUGAGGUGUUCCUAUCGCAGUUGGGCAAAGAGAUUGUGGGAGCUUUCCCCAGCCGGUGGACUUGCCCAGAGGUUCAGCCCUGGCUCUACGGAUACGAUGCCAUCAAAGAAGUCGACAAUGCCGUGGCCAGGAAUCCCAGCUUGUUUUCUGGUAAAGCGUCAGCUAGGAGGCGGAGAUCCACACUUGGUAGUUGCUCGGUGUUAUAG